CGAAAGCCCAUUGUUUAUUGACCAACCUCGUAUGUAGGAUUAAAUAUAUGAUAGAAUAGAAUAGAAUGAUUUAAACGAUUACUGACUACCAUCGUAUUUGGAAUCAUAACCUCUGACCUCACCACCUUCAAAAAACUUUUAUUAUGCAUAGGCGUUUAGUGAACUCAUUACUAGCAGACUGCAGUACUUAUAGAUGCAUUCAAAUCCGUAAAUUACAAACAUCGCUUAGAAAAGAGCAAAGACUAGCUGAAGUAGAAGAAAUGCCGCAGAACGGUGUAACCAAUGGGCAUACUAAUGGAGACGCGAGUAUACUGGAUGAUAUCCCAGGACUAGAGAAUGUUGUGGGUGAAAUUGGCGGGUGGAUCCCACCCUGUAUACCUAAGAAAUGUAAAUACCACAACAGACAAGAUGUCGACCCAAAACUUAACCCACAUACAACAAGACAAAUAGCACCAAGACCAAAGGUCUGCAGUUCAAUAUUGGACGCAAUUGGCAACACACCCAUGGUUCGAUUAAACAAAAUUCCUAAAAGUGUCGGCCUGGAUUGUGAAAUACUUGUAAAAUGUGAAUUCCUUAAUCCGGGUGGCAGCCUUAAAGACAGAAUAGGCCUUAGAAUGAUUGAGGAUGCAGAGCACGAUGGAAGAUUAAAGCCUGGAAGUGUUAUUAUUGAGCCUACAUCUGGCAACACUGGUAUUGGCCUUGGGAUGGUCGCAGGGGUGAAGGGCUACAGAAUGAUCGCAGUGAUGCCGGAGAAAAAUAGUGACGAAAAGGUAUACACGAUGAGAGCAGAGGGUGUGGAACUUGUUAGGACCCCCACCAUAGCAAGCUAUGAGUCACCAGAGUCCGCCUACAGAGUGGCUUACAAACUUGCUGAUAUCGUACCCAACAGUGUAGUUCUCGACCAAUAUCGUAGUGCUAGCAACGCUCUUGCCCACUAUGACGGCACAGCAGAGGAAAUACUAGACGCUUGUGAUGAUAAAUUGGACAUGUUGGUAAUCAGCACGGGAACUGGUGGAACCUUAACUGGAUUAGAAAGAAAGAUCAAAGAAAGAUGCCCCGAUUGCAAGAUCGUUGCAAUUGACCCAGUAGGCUCCAGAGUUGCUCCAGAUGACAUGUUUGUGAAAGGUUCAUCCCAGAUUGAGGGAAUUGGUAAAGAUUUCUACCCUACUGUUGCAGACAGAGAAUUGGUCGACAAAUGGUAUAAGGCUACGGAUAAGGGCUCGUUAAACAUGGCCAGACGUCUCAUCAAAGAUGAAGGAAUCAUGUCAGGUGGCAGUAGUGGUUGCGUGUUGUAUUACGCUAUCAAAGCAGCCAAGGACUAUGGUUUAAAAGAGGGCGACAGAGUAGUCUGUGUUUUCGCAGAUUCCAUCAGAAACUAUAUGACAAAGUUCCUUAGUGAUGACUGGAUGAAUGAUUUUAAAUAUAUGGAAGACACUCUUGAUGAAUCAAAACAAUGGUGGUAUGGCAAGAAGGUGACUGAGCUGAGCCUAGUUGCUCCCAAUUUGAUCACGCCAACUGAGAAAGUAUCUGACAUGCUUACCCUCCUAAGAAAUCAGACUGCAGGCAACGAUCAGGCCUUGAUCAUUGGAGAUGAUGGGCAAGUGCAAGGCAUGGUAACUCUUGCUCUGUUGUUGGCACAGCUCAAGAAAGGAAAUCUGACCAAAGAUGACCAGGUGUCUAAGGUGCUGUAUGGACGCUUUAAACAGGCAACCGUUGACUCGACUUUGGGAGAGGUAUCUGCAAUGUUGGACCUAGAUAGCUUUGUGGUUAUCCAUAAGGGCACACCGGGUACAUCUGGGCACUCCAUCGCAGGUGUCGCCACUAGUAUUGAACUGAUCACAUUCUUGACAGAAAACGCUCCAAAUAAGAGUUCGAGUAAAAUGAAAUAAAUGGAAGAAGAGGCAUAAACAGACUGCACAUACACUAUAGAACAUCUAUCAAUAUUCUUAUUAAUUAUUAAAAACAUGUGUAGACCUACUUAAAAAUCUGUUAUUGGCAUGCAAUACCUGAGGCAAUACUAAGUAGGACAUUUACACAUAAAAAUCUGUUUACCCCUUCUAAACUAAAACAAAAAGCCAGAAAUAUGUUAUUUACAGAAAACAUAUUAUUUAUAGAAAACCGGUGCUAACGUAGUCAUCACUUUAAGUGAGUGGAGGAUCGAGUGCGUUAGUUAAGUAAAUUGCACCUAUAGCGGAUUUGAAGGAAUCAGUUUUUCUUCAUAUUUAUUUGUCUUUUGACACUUCUGUAUUUUGUUAGAUGGUACUACGUACUGUUAUCUGGUACUGCUUCAAAUAUAAUAUGAUAUACCAAAUAUAUAAUGCCGACGACUGUUUUUUAGACCCAUAAUGUCUGUUUACCUUAUUCAGUCACCCCUGGAGAUUUAUUAAUCCCAUUUCAGGAACAUUCGCAGAAUUGGUUUCUGCAUCUCCAUCAAAAAAAUAAUAUUUCCAAAAUAAAGCAUUAUUAAAAAUGUUUUUUUGGGCUCAACAUGUAUAUAUUAUUACAGCAUAUCACAGAUAGAUGUCUCUACAGUAGGAAUAAAUUCUUAUAAAACAUUAAGGUAGUU